UCGUCCGUUGAGCCGCAGGGGGCGCUUGAGCGAAGUCACAGACGCCUGCGGGACGGACGGUGAACCUCAAGAGUGAGGGAGGGGGAAAAAAAAGUACCUUUCUUGCGUGAUGUGUAAAUAUUGCUAGUUUGCGGUGCAGCUGAUAGCGAUCGGUGUGGCCGGUUUGAUGUUGUAGUCGGUUGAAAUACGCGCCGAUGGCCGGGAAACGGUAGGAGCGCACGGUGUCCCCAGUAUGAGCGCAGGAAUUAAGAAGCCUCCAGUGGCUCCUAAACCCCGAAUUGCUUUGGGAAAGAAACCACCUCCUCCUCCCGUUGCACCAAAGCCAGAUAUCAUCAUAUCAGAACCAUUCUCAACACAUAAAGGACCAAAACCAGCAUUGGCACCAAAGCCAGUAUUGCCAAAAAUUACUCCUGUGGCUGAAGUCAAACCAACACCACUGCAAAUUAAUAAAUGCCCAGAUGAAAUUAAGCGAGAACUGAGUGAAAAUGUGAAGUGUCCAACUUGCCAAGGCAAUGGAAUGCAAAAGGGAGACUGUGAAUUGACUCAUCAUUGCGAAAUAUCAAAUUACUUAUGUAAAACUGAGUAUGACCAUAAAUAUUUAAAUGGUGAAAAUACAGGUAAAACACAACUUGUCAUUGACCACUUGUCCAAAUUGGAAACUUUAGAAAAGAGCAAAAGAUAUGAUCAAGCAAAUUAUUCCUCUAGAGUAUGGCAAAGACCAGAGACUCAGAAUAGCAAAACGGUUAACAAGUACCAGAUAAGUUGUAAAACUAGUUUCCCAGAGCAGAAAUUUAAAGAUGUGCUAACUCAGGUUGUAUCACCGAACAAUUAUCUUCCAAAGCAAAAAGAUGCACAUUGUGAUGCAGGUAUCAAAUUACACAGAAGUAAUAAUGGGCAAAGUGAAGUGUUUAAUACUGACCAAACUUUCCAAAAUCUAAGAAAUUCCAAAAGAAAUACAAGAGAGCUAGUUGUUGAUGGGAAUAAAGACUACGAGAUUAAAAAUGCUGCUGAGGAAUCAGAAAAAGGAAUGAAAAAUAGGAAAAAUUGUUACUUUUCUGGUACUGACCUCAAAGAAAGUGUGCAUAACAGCCAGCCAAAAGUUCCAUUUACAGUUGCAGAAAAGGAGAAGUUGACCUAUCAGGAUAAUUCUUCAAUUACUGCUUCAACGUUCACUUCAGUGCCUUGCACUAAACCAGUUCCUAUGCCAAAGCCAAAAAAAGCACGCCUGGUUGGUCUCAUCAGGCAGAACUGUAUAGACAACUCUGUGGAAGAUACUGUGUAUCCGAAUGAGAUCUGCAAUGAUCUUUGUUUCAAGACUGCAGAUGGAACUGCUGUAGAUUUGAACAAAUCAGUUGUUUCUUUGGAUGCUGGAAGUGUCUCUAUGUGUAAAGGUGAAAGUUCAUAUCAGACUGUCGAGAUGAACAGUGCAUCCUCACAGCAUAAGAUUACUGAACUGAGUCAGGCAAAAGAUUCUCAUAAUCAAAGUAUUUUACCCUUCAAAAAGCCAGUUCUGGACUCUGCCUGUAAAGUCAAAAUCUCUUCAGACUUGCAAAAUAAAAGUAAAGUAGAACAAAUAAAGAAAGAUUUGGAAAGUGGCAACAGAACAUUGCCGACAGACAGCAAAAACAGUUUUAUUAGAAGUAGUUCUCUCUCUAUGAGUUUGCCCAAAUACCUCAGUCUAUCAUAUGCUCCAAAAGUGCCUGCAACAAAUAAUGAUACUGGUUCAGAUUUUGAUGGAGGGCUCAGUAAUGAUGCAAAGUCCACUAAGUCAGACAUCUCCCCAAAGAUUAUUCCAGAAAAACCACAGCGUCACAGUCUGCCUUCAUCUGUUAUAGUUAAAAGGGAUCUGACAGCAGGCAAGAGUGCAAGUGGUUCAGUAGAAAAUGAUGCAGAAGAGGGAACUGGCAGUUUAUCCAGCACAGAAAACAAAACAUCUACUAAUGAACACAAAACAAUCCACCUGAGUGAGAAACCUGUAUGGAAACUUCCACAUCCUAUUUUGCCUUUUCUGGGGAGUCCUGGCAGUGUGGCACUAACAAGUACUUCAAUAAAUAACGAAGCCAAUAUAUCAAAGCCAAGAGCUAAGUCUUUGUCAUCUGCUGAUUCUGAAAAGCUGGAAAAGUCACUAAAAGUGCCUUCAAAGAAAAACUCAUUUAAGCGAAUUCUGGGUAUAAAACUCUCUGCUAAAAUGAAAACGGACUUUCAAAGGUUUUUGACAAAAGGCAGCUAUUCACUAGACAGUGCACCAGUUGGACUUCUUUCCAUGGAAAGUAAAGGCAAUAAUCUCUGCAUUUCAGGGUCAGUGACAGGUGAUCAAGAAACUAAACCUGUGAAAGCACAUUCUGUGGAUUCCUGCUACCACACAAAGAAAGGGCAAAUACUUAAAAGUCCCUCUGAUUUUCUAACUAGCUUUCCUGCUGAACAGGAAUCUCAUGUUCAACUCCACAAAGAUGGGCCAAAGAAUUCUAAACUGCAUUUUACUGAACAACAGUCGCUUACUCCUAAAUAUGAAAAUAUCAGUGGUAAUUUUGAUUGGAAAAGUUCUUCCAGUGUUGAAGACUGCGACAGUAGUUUUCAUGAAAUACAACCCUAUGCAGUAUCAACUUGCUAUCAAAAAUACACUGCAACUCAGAAGAACCAGCUUAUCAGCUCUGUACAGGAUCAAGAUAAUCAUUCUUUAGAAAUGGACAUCAACUCAGAUGAAGAAGUCAUUUUUAGCUCGGAUGAAGAAGAUGCCAGUUCAGAUACAAGUAAAGGAGAACUGGAUCAGCAAGAUGAGAAGCAGAAUGGCGAAGGAAUGAAAACCAAAGUGUAUCAUAUUGCCAGAGAAAUCAUGAGCUCCGAGAAAGUAUUUGUGGAUGUUUUGAAGCUUUUGCACAUUGAUUUCAGGGAUUCAGUGAUCCAGUCUUCAAGACAGUAUGGAAAGCAAGUGAUUGAAGAUAAGAUCUUGAACCAAAUCCUAUACUACCUGCCACAGCUGUAUGAACUAAAUCGGGGUCUGCUACGAGAAUUGGAGGAAAGAAUGGCUCAUUGGGAAGAGCAUCAGAGAAUAGCUGAUAUCUUCAUGGAGAAGGGACCGUAUCUCAAGAUGUACUCGACAUAUAUCAAAGAGUUUGACAAGAAUGUUUGUUUGUUGGAUGAACAAUGCAAGAAGAACCCUACUUUUGCAAAUGUGGUUAGAGAAUUUGAGAUGAGUACUCGCUGUGCAAAUCUGGCACUCAAACAUUACCUGUUAAAACCUGUCCAGAGGAUUCCACAAUACAAGCUGCUUCUAACAGAUUAUAUGAAGAACCUGUCUAAAGACUGUGCUGAUUUCAAAGAUACUCAAGCUGCUCUUGCCAUUGUUGUUGAAGUAGCGAACCAUGCGAAUGACAUAAUGAAACAAGGGGAUAACUUCCAGAAGCUGAUGCAGAUUCAGUAUAGCCUAAAUGGCCAACAAGAAAUUGUACAACCUGGAAGGGUGUUUUUGAAGGAAGGAACUUUAAUGAAGCUUUCUAGAAAGGUUAUGCAGCCCCGAAUGUUUUUUUUGCUGAAUGACGUGUUACUCUACACUACGCCAGUACAGUCUGGAACAUUUAAGAUGAACAAUAUGCUUUCUCUAGCAGGUAUGAAGGUCAGUAAGCCAUCUCAAGAAGCCUAUCAAAACGAACUGAACAUAGAGAGUGUUGAACGAUCUUUCAUUCUUUCAGCAAGUUCAGCAGCAGAAAGAGACGAAUGGUUAGAAGCCAUUUCCAAAGCCAUUGAGGACUACACGAAAAAAAGGACAACAUUCACUGGAAGCAAAAGCCUUGAGGAAGAACCAGACAAACCAGAAUUAAAUACACCUUUGGGCACUAAGGCACCCAUAUGGAUCCCUGAUCCUCGGGCUACCAUGUGCAUGAUCUGCACGUGUGAUUUUACACUUACCUGGAGGCGGCAUCACUGUAGGGCAUGUGGAAAGAUUGUCUGUCAAGCCUGCUCACUAAACAAAUUUAAUCUGGAUUACCUUAAAAAGCGACCCGCAAGAGUUUGUGAUCUCUGCUUCUUAGAAUUGCAAAAGAGAGAAGUACAGUCACCUGAUCCAAAGAUGCUGUCUCCAACUCACAAAUCGUCAAGCGCCCUUACCUCAGUUUUUCACAGUAUUCAGCAUUCUUCAGGACGGAAGCACAAGAGAAUUCCAGCAGCACUGAAAGAAGUAUCUGCUAAUACUGGAGCAUCAUCGAUGAGUGGCUACCUUUAUAGGUCAAAAGGUAUUAAGAAACCAUGGAAACGACUCUGGUUUGUCAUUCAGGAUAAGGUGUUAUAUACUUAUGCUGCCAGUGAGGAUGUAGCUGCAUUAGAGAGCCAACCAUUGCUAGGAUUCACAGUUUCUGAACUGCAGGAUGAUGUUUCAGAACCCAAAGUGAUUUUCCAGUUGCUUCAUAAGAGAACACUGUUUUAUGUAUUUAAAGCAGAUGACCGUCAUACUGCCCAAAGAUGGGUAGAAGUUUUUCAAGAAGCUACUGUAUUAUAACACUCCUAAAACAGACACUACACUUGGGGAGGACUUUGAGAAGCAACUCUAUGAAAAAUAUACCACACUGAGAAUGCUAGAGUAUGGUGUUGAUGUUGCAAAAAGAUUGAAUAAAAAUACUCAUAUUCAUACCUUAAUCUCCUGUGACUAGAGCUUCAUCUUGAAUAUCAGAAUGAACUGCAAAGAUUCUGCACCAGCCACAAAAGCUGUUCGUGUACUCUCAGAUAUUGCCUGGAAAAGGCCUUGAAGUUGAAAAGUUGACCAAAGUCAUUGACUAAUUUAAUUGCUUUUUGGUGACAUUGAAAGCAAGAAUUAAUCAAGCUGUAUUCUUUCAGUCUGGCUAUUUUCUCAUCUACCAAAAAGAUUUCCAUGAUGGUGUAUUUCUGUGCUACAUUUCUCAAGUGAGAUGGAAUGGUUUCAUUUUAAAACUAUGAAAAUCACCACAUUACUAUUGAUGUAAAGGCCCACCUUGACCUCUCCAGUUUAAUCAUGGAUUAUGGAAUUGACAUGUUCAAUCACUUGAAGACCUCCACAAUCGGAAGUGAUUUGUGAAUACCUCAAAUUUCCAUGAGGUAAAUUCAGUACCUCAUUUGGUACUCAACUUUGUAGACCACAAAGGUUACAUUUGUGCAGAUAUAGUUGAUUUUAUCUGGAGUCACUCUUGGUCUGAAUACCUAUGCUUUGGAGAAAGGAAGGAAUAAUUUUCUGAUUCCGCUCAUCACUGCCCAUUGACCCGAAUAGAUAGUACCUACCUGGACACCAAAUCUGGUAUUGAUUACGAAGACUAAAUUCCUGAAACAACCAAGUGAACUUACAGUGGUUCACUGAAGGACUGCUAGUAUCCAUGAUGCUGCAUCGAGAAGGAGCUGGUGCUUCAGAAAAGGGAAGAGAAGAAAAUUGGACAAAAUGUUGCUAUUUGGUUCAUGACUUACAAACUUUGAGAUACAAACGAAGUAAUUUGGUAGCCUGAGACAACUGUAUAUAUAAACAGGUUGACAUGGGAUAUUGUUGGAAGCAAGUAGUCUUUGAUGAUUCCAAUAUUCUUGCCUGGUUUCCACUGCAUUAAUUGCAAUACUAGAUAGUUCUCAUGAUUUUCCAGGUUUAUCCGAAUGUGCGCUUUAUUUUUCAAAAUUUUUAUGGUGGGAACGGGGCUGUUAAAUGCUGCCCAAUUUUCCAAUAUAUUUUAACAUUAUUGUUUUUAUUUAAUAUUUGGCUUUUGUAAAAAAAAGAAUGAUGACGAGAUAGUUCAGCAAAGAUUUAUACAUGCAGGCAUGAGCUAGAUUUAUGUAUUUAUUUAACUAUUGUAAUGAGCAUCUGUGGUUCUUCAUGGAGCACAACAGACAUCACAUAGAAUUUAAAGUGCAAAUUAAUGUAAAAUAUGCCUGUUCUUCCAGUACUAACUUUUAUAAGUAUGUAGAAAGUUGAAUGUAAAUUAACAUUUGGGAUAAAUAUGGCAUGGUGAAUCUAAAUGCAGGGACUCUGAUUUUCACACUAUGUAGGAUUCCUUACAAUGGGUGAGGGAAACAAUUUCCUUGUUUUAAAAAACUCUACAAAAUGCUGAAGCUGUACAUUCAUUGAUGGCCAGAAAUGUCUUUUAAAAGACCAGGUGUGAAAUUGCUUACAACCAAUUUCACAAGUAAUGCUCCUAUUUGCUUGAGUACUUCUGUAGAGAAGCAGAAUCAGCUUGGAUUUUCAUUCGGAAGAGUUGAGUCAGAAGGUUGUGGAUUCAGAAUUCCACUUGAGAUAAUAUCAAGUCUGCUGCUUUAAUGGAGAUGCCAGCUUUUUGUUGUGACAUUGAACUGACACUCCUGUUCAGGUGAAUAUAAAAACAAAUUUCGUAGCUUUGCUUUGAAGAAGAUCUUGGUCACCAACACUAAUUGAUAAUUAAUUAGUCAUUCAUCUCAUUUGCAGCCAGCAAAAUUAUUUGUGUGAAUUGGAUUUGCCUCUUAGUAGGAUAUUUAUCUGCUGCUGAGGAUAUGAUGAAGCACAAUUUAAACUCUUCAAGCAAUUCCAGCAUAUUGACCUUGACUACCUUGCCUCGAGUGCAUUGAUUGUUUUUUUGUGAAGAACUUGCCGAUAUCAGUUAUAAAUUUGUCUUUUACUCAUUUUCACCUACAUCCACUACAGUUUAAAUCUACCUUUUCUACAGUUUUUUAAUUUGUCUCUGUGGAGUACCUUAGGACAUUUUCUACAUUAAAGGUGCUAUAUAAA